ACAUUAUAACUGCGACAUCUAUUGUGACCGGUGUUGGAUAAACGUUCUUUAACAGGUCGGACAUCUGUUUUUUCAGAAAAACUACUUUCUGUGGACAUUCUAUUUAUUGGAGUGUUUUUAUGUAGGUGAUGGCGGACCUUGGACUGAAGGACGGGGACAGAGUGCUGCUGAUAUGGACCUCAUCUCCCUCUGGACUGAAAGAGUUUGCUGAAAGCAUUGGCACUAUGGUUGGUAACCAGAGUCUGGUGUCUUUGGAGAACAUGGAAAGACUACAACUUUCUUCUCACGCAGCUUCCAGUUAUGACUGGGUUCUGUCAGGCCUGCUGACCGACAGCUCACCAAUCCACAGUUCAGAAAUGUUGGCCGAGAUGGCCAGAGUAAUGAAACCUGGUGGCCAACUUGUGCUAGAAGAGCCGGUAACAGGAUCUGAGGACAAUGGUGUGAGAACUGCUGGGAAACUAAUGUCAGCUCUUAAACUGUCUGGUUUAGUAUCUGUCACUGAGGUGAGGACAGAGCCGUUGAGCCCAGAAGCAGCCACAGAUCUGAAAACACGCACAGGGUUCCAGGGAAACGGGAUUUUAAGGAUGCGCAUGUCGGCAUCUAAACCUAACUUUGAGGUCGGAUCCUCAACACAACUGAAACUUUCCUUUGGCAAGAAAACCACUACAACAGAGAAACCAGCUCUUGAUCCAAGCACCGCACAAAAGUGGACUCUGUCUGUCAAUGAUAUGGAUGAUGAUGAUGUGGAUUUAGUAGAUUCAGAUGCACUUUUGGAUGCUGAUGAUCUAAAAAAGCCUGACCCAUCCUCUCUCAAAGCGUCCUGUGGAGAUGACUCCAAAAAGAAAAAGAAGGCCUGCAAAAAUUGCACUUGUGGUCUUGCUGAAGAAUUGGAAAAAGAGAGUAAAGCAACUCAGAAAGCAAGCCAACCCAAAUCAGCCUGUGGAAGCUGUUAUCUGGGCGAUGCCUUCCGUUGUGCCAGCUGUCCAUAUUUAGGCAUGCCUGCCUUCAAACCAGGAGAAAAGGUUCUGCUUGCCAACACUGAUAUAGCAGAUGCAUAGACACUCACUUCUGAAACAUCUUUACAUUCCGUUAUCAUUCUGCAACGUUGAGGCCCAGAUUCCGUAUACAUCUGUGUAAUCAACAGGGAAGCAGUUCACAUCUGACCGUUAAAUGCACUAAAUUACCCAUAUAUGAAUAUGUCAUGCGCUGUUUGGUUGUAAAUGUCUGAAUCAGAAAAGAGUCAAAAUAGGAAUAGAUCUCUGCAUUACAUUAUCUCAUCUUCAUGUACAAGAAACAUACAUCCACACUGAGUGUAAUUUGUUUUUAUUUGAAAAUUCAAAGCAGCUGGUCAGGUAUUUUGAAUAGAAUAACUCGAUUUAUUUUAAGCUGAAAUCAAAUGCUUAAUAAAAUUUGUUAAAUAACA